UCUGCUACGAAGUGCGCAUGCGCAACAUUAUUUAAUCUUCCUACCCAGUUAAUAUGCAACACCUUUUGACAGCAAAGUGUUAACAAAUAAGUUUUAAAUACAACAUUGAACGGCUCUCUUGGCAUUUGGUGUAAAAUCCAGGCGAUGCUCGUAUGCUUUAUUUUUUCCGGGCGCUCAAGAAAGUCACUUUUGUGACUUUAUUUGGGUCAAAAGGUGGUUAGUGAAGCUAGUUCCGCCUUGCUUUCUUCCUGUGAUGGACAGCAGCGACAAGUGUCAAAAGUAAUCAGGUCAACGUCAACGAGAUACAGGAAAAACACCUCCUGCUUUUUGGAUAAAUUUCCACACACUUUAACCGGUUACUAGAAAAGGAGUACCGGAAUCACUGUGCUGCUAAGUUGUCCCGCUGGAACAAGAAGUCACAGCCACACUGCAAGGACAGCGUUUCUGGGGAAGAUUUUAUCAACAGUCACUGAUCUUAAGUAGAAGAGCUGCUGACUGCUGAGUUUUGGACACUGUGAUGGAAAAUCCUGAUGAUGAGGUCGACCUGCAACACAGCACAACAGUGGGUGAAGAAGGAAACUCUGGUGGGGGAACACCUCCAACCAAACGCAAAGGCAAGUUCUCCAAAAUGGGAAAGAUCUUCAAGCCCUGGAAAUGGAGAAAGAAGAAGCCAAGUGAAAAGUUCACUGAAACAUCGAUAGCAUUGGAAAGAAAGAUUUCUGUUAGAAAAAGUCGCAAAGAGCUGAUUGAAAGAGGGGUUCUAAUAGAUAUCCCAGAGAAUGAGAGCAAUGUUGUAAACCACUCCAAAGCUCCACCAGUGAAAAAUGGGCACCCUGUGCCGAUGGACCUGGACAGGGUGUCGGAAGCAGGGGUGCGAGUGUCUCGAGGGGAAUCUGACAUCAAGGUGAAUUCCCUCAGGCCGCCCCAAGCAGAUGAACGUCGAAGCAGAGUGCCGUCUGAUGCCUCCCGAAGUAACCGGGCACCUCUGGAUGUGGACUCUCAUGCACGGCUUACUGUCGACGUAGACAGACGUAGCCGUCUGCCAUCAGAUGUCGAUAAGAGAGGCGGAUCUUUACCCAGAGGACCUCCUCAAGAUGAUAGAUACCGCAGAGAAGAGAGGAGAGAUGGCAAAGAUGAGAAGGAUGACAGAGGAAGGAAGAACAGGGAAGAUAUGGAAAGAAGGGACUGGCGAGAGGAAAGGGAAAGGGAUGGAGGAGUUGACCGAAGGGAAGACAGAGACUUCAGAGAAAGGCGAGAACUGAGAGAUGACAGAGAGAGGAGAGAUGAAAGAACAGAGAAAGACAAUAGGGAACGGAAGGAUCGUGACGAGAGGGAACGGAGAGAUCGGGACGAGAGGGAACGCAGGGAUCGUGAUGAGAAGGAAAGGAGGGACGACAGGGACAGAAGAGAAGAUAGGGAUCGGCGGCUUGAGAAGGAAAGGAGAGAGAGCAGAGAUGACAGAAAAGAUGACAGAGAAGAGAGGGAGAGGAAAGACGUGAGAGUUGAAAGAGAUGAUGGGGACAGGAGGGAUGACCGAAACAGGCGAGAAGACAGAGAGAGGAGAGAGGAUAGGGACAAGGGGGGUGACUGGGUCAAGAGAAAUGAAAGAGAGCGACGAGAUGAGCGGGAAAAGAGGGAGGAGAGGAGAGAAAAGCCGGCGCCUCAGCGGCCUGUGGAUAACUCUCGGCCUAUAGCUAGGCCUGUCUCUGAGAUGGACUUGCGGCUACAGAAGAGCUCCUCAGAGGACAACAAGAGGUCUCGCCCAGCCUCAGAGGCUGACAGGAGUAGCACCCUGCCCAGAUACAUCCCAGCUGCAGAGUUCAGAGAACGCUCAGAGUCCGCUGGUGUCCGCUUUGCCCCUGACCCUCAUCCAGCACAGGACUCUCAGCAGGAACCUCUCCCACCUAAACAGGCUCUGCUUCCCCCUAAAUGUCUCACUGCUGCCUCCAUUGAGUCCGGCAGGAGUCCAACACCCUCCUCUUCUUCAUCAUCCUCCUCUUCUUCCUCCUCCUCCUCCUCUGCUGCUAUUGCUGUGGCCAAGCCGCCGAGAACAGUCUCCCUAAUAGCUGACGACCCACCUCGACCCUCCCUCCCUGCUCCUGCGCCAGCUGACUCUGUCACGCCACCCCCUGUCCCCCCCCAUGCCAAACAGCCUCCUGUCCCUCCACCCAAACCCACCAACCGCAACAGCAACCCUGCACUGCUUGCUUCCUCGUUGAACAGGGGCUGUAAGGUCAGGCAGCCUUGUUACUGGACCAGCUGGAGACGCCAGAGUGAGCUUGGCCUGUACCUUUCUCUACCUGUAUACCUGCGGCACAACGCUGGCCAGACCUGCUCAGCGGAGCUUUCACAGCCUGGCAGUGGUGUCAUAGUGCCAGCACCCGCAAAGCGCUCUCCACCAACACCACCAAAGAGGAUGACGCCUGUAUCCAAGCGCCAUUCUGUGGACCCUUCUCCUCUCAGUCAGGUCCCAGAGCCUCCCACCACUGACCCGGCCUCUGCCCCUGUACCGAUGCCUCCUGCUGUCCUUAAAGGAGAUAACAAUGAGGACAAGACAAAUGCAGCAGCUCCUCAGACCUCCACUGAGUCGCUGCCUUCACCACCGUUGCAUAUACCUCCAUCUCCUCCCAGGGUCCAGUCGCUCCAGCCGCCCAGCACCUCCUCCUCUGGUCCUGUGCCCACCGUGCAAGCUGAUCCCCCCAGCCCGACCACAGAGCCUCCCAGCCAGCCUCCGGCCAUCCCCCUUCACAUCCUCAUCCAGAGAGCCCUGAUCAGCCCCGGCCCAGCUCAGCCCAACCCAGACGGCUCCCAGAGGGCCCACUCACUACUGUUUGAGUCUCCUCCAGAGUUCCUCGCCGAUGUGGGGGGUAACUCACGGCACUCUCUCCCCGUCACCAUCGAACCUCUCAGGCUGCCCGAAGACGAUGACUUUGACAUGGAGGAGGAGAUGCGGAAGCUUCAGCCUCAGAGGCCUCCUCGCCAGCCUGACCUGGAGCCCCGCAGCAGGAGGGGUUUGAUUGGAGACUACAGAGUGAGUGUCAUCCCUGAGAGUGGAGGCCCCGGGGACAGUGACGAGGAAUCUGACUCUGACGGCCCCAUCCUGUACAGAGACGACGAUAAUGAUGAGGACGACGACGAAGGCCCUCCAAGCGGGCUGGCGAGCCGUGUGAUGAGGAAGGACACGUUAGCCAUGAAGCUGGAGAGACAGGAGAGACAAGAGAGAGAGGAAAAGGAUGCUCAGGAGAACCACGACGACAUGAGUUGGCACAACAAGGAGCAGUGGUUGGCACUGAGGAACAAGAUCGGUACCACACUGAACCGGCGGCUGAGUCAGAGACCAUCAGCAGACGAGCUGGAGCAGAGGAACAUCCUUCAAGCUAAGAAUGAAGCGGAUCGACGAUUAGAGAGAUCUGAGAUCAAACGGAGGCUCACGAGAAAGCUGUCGCAGAGGCCCACAGUGGCUGAGCUCCAGGCGAGGAAGAUCCUGCGUUUCCACGAGUACGUCGAGUCCACCCACGCCCACGACUACGACCGCCGAGCAGAUAAACCGUGGACCAAGCUGACUCCUGCUGACAAGGCUGCCAUCCGCAAGGAGCUCAAUGAAUUCAAGAGUUCAGAGAUGGAGGUUCACGAACAAAGCAGGAUCUAUACCCGGUUCCAUCGGCCUUAGCUGCCCACGCUGACCAGCAAAGCAGUUAGACUAGUCCCUCUCCACACUAUGAACUGAACAUUUGGUCCGUUUUUACUGUCUGCCUGCUGAUAACUGGAACCAAAGCGAAAGAAGCCACAAAUCAGUUCAACCACGGGUGGUUCUCAGACAUACUCCAGUCCUUACACUGUGGAAUUCAGGACAGGAGGAGUUUGUUGGUGCGUCCAUGAUGGAGGUACCCGGUGCCAACACUAAAAGAGUGAGAAAUCCCCCCCCCCCCCUGCUGGGGGCUCUGAGAGUGUUAGAUUGAACUGAAAGGAUAACUGUUGGAAGGUUAUCACACUGUCUCCGUCAGGGGAAACCACUCUCACCAUGCCUUUACCUGCCUUCACAUUAUAUUUCCUUCCUUCCUUGCAGAACAGGAAGACUAUGCACAUAAAGAGAUCAUUGUAGUUCCUAUUAACACCGUUGAUGGUACCACCAAACUCUGGAAGUACUUGUGUUUAUAUGUUAGGUACUACAAAUGUCUACCCAAAGGUGCCACACAGCACCAGCCUUACUCCUCACAUGAGCUUAUACACUGUAAUUUAAGGUUCAGACAAAAUGUGAAAGAGUUCCGUACAGCAGUGUGUUUCUUAUUUAAAACUCAGUUGUAGAUCUAUUUAAAUCAACAGUUUGUGCUCUGUGUGUAGACUCUGAGCGCUGAUUCCAACCUAAUAUCCGAAAGCGUGAAUCUUACUGUGUUUUGUUGAUCAUUUAAAUGAUUCUCAUGGAGCACAUAUCACUAGAUUAUUUUCUAAUAAGGCACGUUCGUUCCUUAAUUGGGUGUGUAGAAAAUGUAAACGUUUUGAGCCUAUAAUUCUGUUUAUAAUUGAAAUAUUCAAGCAGGAAAAUGUACAUAUUUUUAUUUUCCUGGCUGUUUUAUGGUACUUUAUAUAUGCAAGUCCAUAGUUGGCUGCAAUUGUAUAGAUCAAUUAUGUAGAUUUGAUUGACUUUAUAUUGUACAUCUGCAGUAAUGCUGACAUGUUUUAAUUGUAAAGUAUUUCUCAAAUGUUAUUUCAAAGUAGUAAUGGCACAAAAUAAUUCUCUUUUUUUUGAUACAGAGAUCUUUAAAGUGUUUUUGCAAACCACACUAAAUGAACAAUCCACUCAGAAAUUAAAAUAACCUGUGAUUUUCA